AUGACGAAAUCUGAUGGACCUAGACACGUAGCUGUAUCAAUAGUGUAUUCACCUUCAACAGGGAGACUGUUGAUGGUUACAAGCAGAGCUCAUCCCGAUUUAUGGAUAUUCCCAAAAGGUGGUAUUGAGAAAGGUGAAUCAUCAGGUCAAGCUGCAGUUCGAGAAUCCUGGGAGGAGGCCGGUACACCAAAUUCAUUACCUUCACCGAAAGAUGAAGAAAGGUUAAUGAUGUUAUCAUUACCAUCAAAAAAAGGGAAACACGGUUCCAUAUGGCAUGUACAUGUAUUGGAGGUGAAGGAAGAUGUGGUUGAAUGUAUCCAAGAAUGGCCAGAGUCAAAUCAACGCAAGAGGAAUUGGUUUAAUCCAGAACAAUGCCUGUCGAAAAUACAAGAAUGGUCAAAUGUCCCUUCUCAUGGUGAAAAUGACAAUCAUGAUGAAACCCCUACCACAGCUGGGAUUUUAAAGCAUAGUGAAGAUGACAACGACGCAGAAGAUGUACGUGAUGAUGCCAAGGGCGAGUCGAAAAAGGAGAAGAAGAAGAAACAACAAAAAAAGGAGAAAAAAGGAGGUGCAAUGGAAUUAGCUUUAAGACAUUUUAUGGAACUGAAAGGAUUAUAG